AAAACCCACAUGCCAAGCCCCACGGCUGAGGUUCGCGAGGCUUGCACCUGCCUUCUCUGUGUCUCUCACAGACCAUGAAAAUCUCGCUCGUGACUCUCACUGUAUUUUUGAUGCUGUUCCAGAUGUUUUCAGUCUGUAGGAGUCGAAAAUCUUGCUGGAUCAUAAAAGGACACUGCAGACAAGACUGCAAGGCUGGCGAACGUAUGAAAAAGCCAUGUCGAAAUGGAGAUUACUGCUGCAUUCCAAACAAAACUGAUUCUCAGCCCUACAAACCACCCCAAACACCCAUCAGGAAAGCUCACUCUUUUCAUGAUAGAAGAACUAAGCUAAAUUUCCCAGUGGUUUUCAAUAAUGACGACAACUUCGGAAACUAGUCCUUGUCAGCUCUAGUCUCCUUCCCGGGGGUCUGCUGAAGCCUAUGGCCUCCUGCCUGCUGUCACUCAUCUCUCUCUCUUCCGAUAGGUCUGCUUUCAGGCAGCUAGGUGCCCUGAGCACAUAAUCCUAAAAGAAAGCAAUGGUUAACUCAUUAAAAAGAAGGAAAUUCAGACAAUG